AUGAGGGAAGAAAUAAUAAAAACGCUAGAAGAUUUCCACAAAUAUCACUACAAGGAAGAAUGGCUGAAUAGUAAAGAUCUUGACGAACGACAAUUACUCGAAAUCUUUGCCUUUGGAAACGUAGAGGAUCUACCAAAAAAUAUAAGGUUGACACCACCAAUGCGAUCAAAACUGGAAAGAUUAACUUUGAUAACUUUAAGCGAAAAAUACAAUGAGUUAAGUUACGAGAUGGUUAGGCAAGAAUGUCAAAUUGAAGACAAUGGUAUUAUCGAAGGCCAUUUAAUUGAGCUACAAGAUAUUUUGAAAGCAGAGAUGGAUUCGGUCAAUGAAUUUAUAAAAAUUUUAAACAGAUUUGACUGCAGGGAUGUAUACUGUUGUGAACGAGAAUUAAUUGUGGUUAAGAAACCACGUGUGACGAAAGAGUACUUAGUGCACAAUCUUCACAGCUGGGAAAUAAACCUUAAACAAAAUAUAUUGGAGUAA